AAUGACACAGUCCGCAAGAAAAACUUAUUUGACAUAUAUCAAAAAACAAUUUUCCACACGCUUACUUUUUCUUAGAUUUGUGAGAUAUAUAUUAUGUUUUCUGUGAUUUAGUGUGAAAUGUGUGUUAUUAAAGUUGCCUUAGUCAAUAUUUCGUGAUGGUGUAAUGUAUAUUUGUUGUUGGAAAUGGAGACAAAUGCAAAUCAGAAGGUGUCCUGUGUUGUUAACUACGCAUACGAUGCGUCCGAGCCUGACGAACUGACGAUCAGGCCCGGUGACGUCAUAUGGGACGUGGACAGGUUGCCGGGCGGCUGGUGGCGCGGCGAGCUGCGCGGCAGACGCGGCAUGUUCCCCGACAACUUUGUGUCGUUGCCCAACGAACACGGUAAUUCGAGGUCUGUGGGCGUGCAGGACCGAUGUCGCGCCGUGUACAGCUACCAGCCAGCUAACCCGGACGAGCUGCCUCUGUGCGUUGGUGACGUGUUGGAGGUCCUCGGAGAGGUAGAAGAGGGCUGGUGGCAAGGCAGGCGGCAGGGCCGUGUCGGAGUGUUCCCCUCAAACUUUGUUGUGAUGUUGGACCCGCCGCAGCCAGCGCCUCCCUUCGAACCGGCGCCUGCGCUACCUCCUAAACCUGUAAAGGAGCUGUGCCGCGUGCUGUUCCCGUACACGGCGGUGAACGAGGACGAGCUGACGCUGGCGGAGGGCGACGUGGUGACGAUCGUGUCGAAGGACGCUCCCGACCGCGGCUGGUGGCGCGGCGAGCUGCACGGACGCGUCGGACUCUUCCCGGACAACUUCGUGCAGCUGUUGCCCACAGUAACAGCAGAGGUGGAAGAGAAGAAGCCGGACCGACCGCCGCCCAAAACGAGCAACUCUAUCUAUCCUGCACUGAAUAAACACUUCGAGAAAACGGCCUCAGUCAAAGAACUAACCACGUCUAAAAUUAGUAGCACGCACAAAGAGAACACGCUGAGUAAGGAGUCCAGCACGCAGAGCACCGUCACGCUCUCCACAAAGACCGAGUCGGAGAAGCUCAUACACAAUGAGACCGUCGUCGACGGCACCUUGGACGGACAGGUGAAGAAACCCCCGGUGCCAUUAAAGAAGAGUCCCACGCCCAUAUCGAGUGUAGGAGGGCUGCUUAGCGGAUUGAAAAACAAAAUGUUAUCAUCAACUGAUAAAGAGAAAGAGAAGUCCUCGUCGACGACAGUGUCUAGCGGCAGCAGCAGCGGCGGCGAGUGGGACCGGCCCGACGGCGCCGCCUCCAGUAAGCCUACCACCAACGCCGCCACCACCGCCGCUACCACCACCAGCACCACUACCACCACCAUCACCAACUCCAGUUCUGCCACCUUUGACCACAUUGAACGCAAUUCUAUACUGAACGAUCCGAGAGCUGGCAGAGUGAAGGCGCCGCGGCGCCGUCCUCCCAGCCAGACGUUGCGGGACGACACACCCCAGCAAAUUGGACUUAGCAAUGGGCACGAAGUUGUAGAAAAGCCGCCGAGCGACAAAGCCGAAGAGAUAAAGCCGCGCACGCGCGAGUGGGAGAAGCACAAGGCGCCGUGGAUGGAGGAGCUGAAGCUCAACCAGGCCAAGAAGACCAGCUUCGGAGCGGACGGCAAGUCCCGCUCCGUGUCGGGCUCCACUGACAAGGCCAGCAGCGGCAGUACGGACAGAAUUUUAGAUUGCGGGCUGGAAGAAAGAAAAACUUCAACACAUUCAAUGGAAAUGUCUAAAAGCACAUCAUCUAUCACGAGCCGAAUGACAGUUUUAGAAAAUUUCGAGGAGACGAAGGUGCGUCACUCGCUGGACUCGAAGAAGGAGACGACGUCAUCGCGCGACGCGGAACCAAACUUCAGUAAGCCCGUACACUCGCCCACUGCCGCAGGUCGUACUCUCCUGUCUAUGCUGGAAGAGAUCAAGAAGCCGCCGGCGCCGCCGCCCCCCGCGAGCCCGCCCCCCGCGCCGCCCGCACACCCGCCGCCCGCCGCGCCGGCGCGCGUCCUGCCCGACCUAGACAGCGUCCACAGGACCGACAAACAACAAGAAGUCACCUCCACCACUAAAACAUCAAGCAUAUUCGAAAAGUCCACCACUCUCGAAAGAGUUGAAAAACUAGACGAGAAACUACCCGAGCGGCCUACGAGUAUACUCAGCGGCGAAAAAACUAUGUCGAACACGCUGGAGAGGCGACUGCACUCCGCGAAAGUGGAAAGGAACACGAGCGAAGGCACCGACGCACUCAUCGCGCAGCUCAAUAGCAGGAUAUCAAAUCUAGAGAAACUUCUAGAACUACAAAACACAAUGUUUAAGACUGCGAUAGAUGAGCUCAACUCGAAGCUGAAGGUCGAGGCUGAAAAGCGACAGGAAUUGAAAGUGCAGCUAGACAAACUAUCUCAAUGUGUGAUGCAAGUGUAGCCUUUAGUGUCUGCGACACUGGACUCAAAAUCCCGUGGCCGCACACACUCCCGAGAGUAUUCCAGUUACGUGCACUUCUGAGGACUGUUGGACCUUUUGUGUUGUGUUUGUGUUGUGUCGCGUCGUGUUGUUUGUUGUACAAAGGCCUCCGAAGUCAAGGCUCAUACGACGGCUUAUCUAAAGCUUUAUCGUUCAGAUGUAAUUUUAUUUUUUGUAAUGCGAUUUUUAUAAGCCUUUACGACGUGUUUUUACGUAUUAGCGUAUGAUUUCUAUGCUAUUGUUUUUAUUGUUAAUAUAUUAUGGUAUCAGUGAUGGAGUAUUUGUGAAGAGGAGAGUACUUAUCGAUUGUGAAGUGUAAUGUAUCAAUAAUUAGUAAUAACGUUGGCUACUACGAAACUCUUGGCAUCUUAGUUGAAUAAUUCGUGUAAUGCUUUGUUAUUAUUUGGUCACGAAAGCAUUGUGUAAAUUAACUUUAGGUGUUGCGUAAUUGUAUAAGUUAGGAAUGAAAGUAACGUCAAGUGUUAUGUGUAACUGAAGUUAUGUAGGUAAUGAUAAAAUAUAACAUACACAGUUCGGUGCAAGUGAGCGUACUUACUAUGCGUUGUUUACAAAAAUUGUGCCAUUUUGAUUUUUGACACGUUCGCGAUUGCGCCCGCGAGGGUUUUGUCGUUUAUGUACCUAUGUAAUGUAAUACAAAAAUUAAGUAGUGUUAUCCUAAAUAGACGGCGUCGUAAAAAUUGUGAUUCACACAUUCCAUGUAACUCGAGUCACGUCUUGUGUAUGUACAUAGGUAUUUUCCUUUUGUAUUAAGUUUAUCGGACGCUUGGACGGGGAUUUGCGGUUUUACUAUAAACGUUAAAGUAAACAAUUCAGAUUAAAUAGUGUAACAAUAUAUUUUUAUCUCACAGCCGACAUAUUUUUGUAUAUUUCAUAGUUUACAUCCGAUAUGUGUUUUUUAUAUUUUCUUCUCAACUGUUAACUCUAUUUACUGCAAACAAUUACGACUAACAAUAAUGUUAAUUAAUGAAUUUAUAACGACUAACUGCAUAGGUUAUCCUGUAUGUGUUGGCAACUGAAAAGCAGCUUGCAAAGGCAGUCAUGUUGAUGCAAUUGUAUAAAAUAAUAGAGGUUGUAGUUUUAGAGUACGAUGCGGUUUUGCCUAAUUUGAACUGCUAUAUUGAUAUUGGAUAGCUCCUAGCACAAAUAUGGUCACACAAUUGUUUUUAUACUUGUUUCCGGUAAUUAAGCAGAUUUUAUUAAGACGGACGAUGAUCAGUAUAAAAUAAUAUAAUAUUUUUAGAAGUCUAUAAAACUUUAAUGUAAUUUGUAAUCCUAACCGCACAAAUAUAAACUUUAUAUUUAGCUGAAUAUUUCCUAUUCGUUGCGACGUCGAGAACAUUUCGCGUUUAUUAUUUGAGAAGAAAAACAUAUUCAAAUAUUUUGUUGUUUUUUUACAGGGUUUGUACCUGACAUAGAAUACGCUGUUACAAUAAGUUGUAAAAAUUAUAAUUAUAAUGUCUGUGCUAAAUAUCGACAUAUAUCGGUGUAUCGCAAGUAUUGUGCUCUUUUGCUAUUAUUUAUUCUGAUUACGUAUGAUUUCAUAUUGGACAUCUAACUGAGCAACUAUAGCCUAAAGUAGACGUUUCCAGUUAAAGUGUGGUACGGGAAAUUACGUUUACAAAAUGGUCUCUCAGCUAAAUUCCAAAUGUUACUUCUUACGUUUUUAAAUGGGUGCUUGCUCUUGAGUUAUACUCUUUUCAUUUUAUUUCAUUGGAAAUGAUCGAGAUGGAAAGCUCUUCCGCGUUUUUGGCAAGCUAGCGACAUCGCGUUUUAUAUAAGGACCUUUAAAAAUAUACGCUUUAUGUUUCAUUUCAUAUAGUUAUUCGCAAACCAAGCCAACAUACGCAUUUAAUUUAUUGCAUCAUGUAAAUAACUAUAAAUAACACGAGAAUAGAUUAAUGUUUUAAAAAUGUACAUAAUAAGCUUGGUGAAAAGUACACACUGAAACGGUUUAUAAGAUAAACCAUAUCGAAUGCUGUAUGAGGGAUGAUUUGUUGAAGGCAGCACUGUAGAGGAAGAGUCGUGCCUCGGGACGAGUGUCUGUACCCUUUUUAAUGUAGCUCGUUGUUCUAGUAUCAGUGACGGAAUUGUGAGGUGUUGGGACAAAUAUUACAUUAUAAUAUAUGAACGCGUUCAUAAAUAUCUGUUGUUUAACCUAUUGUCAAUUACUUACUGUUCAUAUGUAAUGUCCGCACACCUCACGAUUCGCCACUUUUCGGAACCGCAACGGGUAAAUUAAUUUAUGGAUUUUAUACAGAGUGAAUGCAAAAAUAUUGUCUUCUUAAUGGUACAAGAUAUACUAAAAUGAUUUCUAUGAAAAUGAAGUAUUCUAAAUUUGUUCGAUAGAAUAGUAUCAAAUAAAUAUUGUUGGACUGCAGAAAAUUUUAUAUUUACAAUUUAGAUUAAUGUCUCGUGAACAGCGGUUCGAAAUUGACUAGAAAAGCUUAUAUGAAUUGGAUGGACUGCGAAGAGCGUAAACCGCAAUAUAUUUGCGUAUUUUACACCCGCCGUCCGCUCCACGCCAACAUGUUACAGUUCAUCACCCUAACCUUGAAACAUUUAUUUUGGUUGUGGAGUGUGAUAUUCGGGGCAAGACUCCAUAGCUGGUAAACCAUAGCACAGUAUUGAUUCUCAGUGGUUCGGCUAUGGUAGUCUUCAACGCAGGUUCUACAUAACGUGUAAAGCUAAGAGGAAUAAUAGCAGCUUUCUUUACUUAAAAAAUCUCAAAACGGUAUAGUAAGGCGAAAGGAAAAAAUUUUUACAUAUUUUUUUAUUAUUAUCGUAUAAUACGAAUGAAUUCUGACACGGCUCAACCUCAGUACGACCUGAAACAAAUUAUCCCUAUUAUAGUACAGUUUUCGACGUAAUUUCUAGUACUUAAUUUAUUUUUUAUGUAAUCUACCUAUUUCAAUCAUUCCUGAGGUUUCGACAAUUCAGAAUAUAAAUAAUAAAAUACAUUUACUGAUAAUGUUUA